AUGAAGACGCUGCUGCUGACUCUGGCGUUGUCUGCUGUGUGUGGCUCCAUCUGGGCCUUACCUGCCCCCACGCCUGCUCCAUACCGUGCCUUUUGUAAAACCAUGUGGCUUUUUGACGCCAACUGCUCCGAUAUCAGCAUUGUGUUGGUAAAACAGAUUCAGUCCUUCGCCCCAGAGAUCGGAUGUGAGAUGUGCCACUACACUCUGGUGUCUGUCACGCCUCAGUACAUCAUGGCAAACCACACGUCUCCAGAUGGACUCUACACUGAGAUGAUCUCCAUUGCUUUCUUCCCCACCAUGGUGCCUGGAGGCUGCAGAGCGUCUGCUGUUUCCCAGUCUGUUCUCUUCUCUGCUUCUCUUCUCGACAAUGGAGUGAAUUAUUGUAAUCUUCACAAUCUGGUGACAGCCAGUGGCCUGUCCUCUCAACCAGACUUCCUGGAGAUGACAAAUGAGUGGGCUUGCCUGAGCGUCGGACUGGCAACUUGUGGGAUGUAG